AUGUUCUCUCGGGUUCUCGAUUCAGCUCAGUUCUGCGCUUCUCUCUGGUUAACUAACACUGCUUAUUUGCCCGUGAAAACGCCUCUCUUCCGUGAGCUGUUUCUGAACGACGAAUUUCUUGUCAUGGCUUCACGAGUGAUUUUGCAAAAGAGAAGGAGCCUCUUCUUCACCCCCCUUUGUAGUCAAUCUAGUCGCAUUAUUUAUGGGUUCUCGAGUGUUGGGCACGCUCACCCGCUAGAAUCUAGUGAGUUAGAAGGUUUGACCUGGUUUCCCUUCUGUUCAUCUGCGACUACAGAACAUGUACAGGAAAAAAAUUUAUUUACUGUGAACAAAGAUGAUGUAGCAGCUUGUGUAGCUUCAAGAUUUAUCUCACAUAAUACCUUUAGAGUUUCAAGUUUUGGAUUUAGAUGUGACAAAAUAGAGUUAGUUCAUCUUUCAAGAUUGGGAUGGAUAUCCCAAUGUACUCGUUAUAUUUCCACAUCUCCAGCUGAUCAAUCUGGAUUGGGUAGCACUAAUAGGGGUAGUGAACAAUCAGCUGCUAAACAGAAGAAGGAAGCUUCACCAGAGGAAUGUGACGAGGCUGUAGAAGGCUUGAGCACCAUAAAGGCAAAAGCUAAGGCUAAACAGUUGCAAGAAACACAGAAGAGUGCUGAUUCUAUUAUAAAAAAGUUAUGGGCUAAGAUUUUAGGAAUUGGUCCAGCUUUCAGAACUAUAAUGUCAAUGAGCAGGGAUGACUGGGCAAAGAAGUUUAGCCAUUGGUGGGAUGAAUUUAAAUCUACCCUGCAACACUACUGGUUUGGCACGAAACUACUUUGGGCUGAUAUUAGGAUAAGCUCCAGAUUAUUGUUGAAACUUGCCGGUGGAAAGAAUCUUUCUAGAAGGGAGAGGCAGCAACUCACAAGGACAACAGCUGAUAUUUUCAGGCUAGUUCCAUUCGCUGUAUUUAUCAUAGUUCCAUUUAUGGAAUUAUUGUUGCCAGUAUUCCUUAAAUUGUUUCCCAACAUGCUACCAUCCACUUUCCAGGACAAGAUGAAAGAACAGGAGGCUUUGAAAAGAAGGCUAAAUGCACGAAUAGAAUAUGCCAAGUUUCUUCAAGAUACUGUAAAAGAAAUGGCAAAGGAGAUUCAGAAUUCGCAAAGUGGAGAAAUGAAGAAGACAGCUGAAGAUCUUGAUGAAUUUAUGAACAAAGUUAGAACAGGUGCCCGAGUUUCUAAUGAUGAAAUCUUAGGAUUUGCCAAAUUAUUUAAUGAUGAGCUCACCCUGGAUAACAUUAGCAGGCCUCGCUUGGUAAAUAUGUGUAAAUAUAUGGGCAUCAGCCCAUAUGGAACUGAUGCAUAUUUGCGUUACAUGCUCCGCAAAAGAUUACAUGAGAUCAAGAAUGAUGAUAAACUGAUUCAACUUGAGGGUGUUGAAUCUCUUUCAGAAGCAGAGCUUCGUCAAGCUUGUAGGGAUCGAGGAUUACUUGGAUUGCUUUCAGUGGAAGAAAUGCGGCAGCAGCUUAGGGACUGGCUGGAUUUGUCUCUCAACCAUUCUGUGCCAUCCUCACUCUUAAUUCUUUCUAGAGCAUUUUCUGUAUCAGGAAAGGUCAGACCAGAGGAAGCUGUUCAAGCUACACUCUCUUCUUUGCCAGAUGAGGUUGUAGAUACUGUUGGGGUAACAACUUUGCCAUCUGAAGAUUCCGUUUCAGAAAAGAAGAGGAAGUUAGAAUAUCUUGAAAUGCAAGAGGAGCUAAUCAAGGAGGAGGAAAAGAAAGAGGAAGCAGACCAGGCCAAAAUGGUUGAAUCUGUUAGUAGUGAAGGGGAUUUGGCUAUGAAGGAGAGGGCUGCAACAACAAAACAAACACAAGGAGAGGUAAAAACAAUGACAUUGGAUAAACAGGAGCACCUCUGGGAGCUCAGCCGCGCAUUAGCUGUUUUAGCAUCAGCAUCUUCAGUGAGCAGAGAACGUGAAGAGUUUUUGAGACUUGUUAGAAAGGAGAUGGACCUUUAUGAUAGUAUGGUAGGGAAAGAAGGUACAGAUGAUGAACAGGCAGCUAAGAAGGCCUAUAAAGCUGCAAGGAAGGAAAGUGAUGGUGCUAUUGAGGCAGCUAUUAGUGAUAAGGUUUCUUCAGCACUUGUUGACAGGGUUGAUACUAUGCUCCAGACACUUGAAAAAGAAAUUGAUGAUGUUGAUGCUAAAAUUGGGGACCGGUGGCGAUUGCUAGACAGGGAUUAUGACGGCAAAGUAACACCCGAGGAGGUUGUAUCUGCUGCUAUGUAUCUGAAGGACACUCUGGGCAAAGAAGGAAUUCAUGAACUUAUCAGCAACCUUUCCAAAGAUAGCGAUGGGAAAAUAUUGGUGGAAGACAUUGUCAAAUUGGGCACCAAGAAAGAAGAUGCCGUUACAGACGAAGUAGGAAGAUCGUAG